AUGAAAGCUGAAAAGAAAACUAGAAAGAGAAUCAUUUGGAUUGUUGCAGAAGAAAGACCUCGUUCACAGAGACAAAAUUUUUUAUGGUUAAUGUCGAAAAUAAGGAGAAUGAAUGAAAUUGAUCAGAGGCAGGGGAUUCUUACCAACACUCACCUUUCAUUCUUAUCUAACGAUGUGCUAAAAGAAGUUGAAGAAGAAAGAGAAGCUCAUGAAAGCCCUGCGACUGAAAUUCACAUAAUCAUAACAAAAAAAUUAUUACAAUUGAAUGAUUUCUAUUUCUCUGCUAAUGAUGAUGUUGUUGUUGUUGUUGCUGUGUAG